AUGCGCAGGGCCACCGGAGCGCUCGUUGCCCAACGGCGGGCCAUCUCCCUGACAAUGUCGAACGACAAGGCCCACACCCCGCUCGUCGCCGUCGAUCGCGUCAAGUACCAGGGCAAGGAUCUGCUGAAGGAUCCGGUUUCUGCCGUCGAUCCGGAGGCGUUCGCGAUCAUGAAAGACGAGAAGAAGCGCCAGCGCCGCGGCUUGGAGCUGAUCGCUUCUGAGAAUUUCACGACAAAGGCCGUCUGCGAUGCGUUGUCGUCGUCAAUGACGAACAAGUAUUCUGAGGGAUAUCCGGGCGCUAGGUACUACGGCGGCAACGAGUUCAUCGACAAGAUGGAGCUCCUCUGCCAGAAGCGCGCCCUUCAAGUGUUCGGCCUGGACCCGGAGCAGUGGGGCGUGAACGUGCAGCCGCUGUCCGGAUCGCCGGCCAACUUCACCGUCUACGCCGCUAUUGCCGAGCCACACGGGCGUAUUAUGGGGCUCGAUCUGCCCGAUGGCGGCCAUCUCACCCACGGCUUCUUCACCCCGACGCGCAAAGUGUCCGCCACGUCCAUCUUCUUCGAAUCGAUGCCCUACAAGGUUUGCCCAAAGACCGGCUUGCUCGACUACGAGAAGCUGGAAGAAAACGCGAUGCUCUUCCGCCCGAAAAUCAUUGUUGCCGGCAUGUCCUGCUAUGCUCGUAACCUGGACUAUGCUCGUUUCAAGAAGAUUGCCGACAAGUGCGGAGCGUAUCUGAUGUCGGACAUGGCGCACAUUUCUGGGCUGGUGGCCGCCGGCGUGACACCAUCUCCAUUCGAGUACUCGGAUAUCGUGACCACGACCACCCAUAAGUCGCUGCGUGGCCCCCGUGGUGCUUUGAUCUUCUAUCGCAAGGGUGUCAAAUCGGUGAACGCUAAGGGCGAUAAGGUGAUGUACGACCUGCACGAUCGUAUCACCCAGACGGUAUUCCCCGGACUCCAAGGCGGCCCGCACAAUCACACCAUUUCCGGUAUCGCCGUCGCCCUGGGCCAAUGUCUCACCAACGAAUUUGUCGACUACUCCAAGCAGGUGCUGGCCAACGCCCAAGCCCUCUCGAAGCGCCUGCAAGAGCUCGGCUACACCCUGGCGACCGGUGGAACCGACAACCAUCUGUGCCUCGUGGACCUGCGCCCCAUUGGACUUGAUGGCGCCAAGGCCGAGCACGCCCUCGACAUGGCCCAUAUUGCCUGCAAUAAGAACACAUGCCCUGGCGACGUAUCGGCGCUCCGUCCCGGUGGAAUCCGCCUCGGCACGCCGGCCCUCACUUCCCGCGGCUUCAAGGAGGCCGAUUUCGCCGAAGUCGCUAACUUUAUCGAUAAAGUGAUCAAGGUUCUGCAGAAGUACAAGGACCAGAGUGGCAAGACGCUGAAGGACCUCAAGGAAUUCACCGCCUCAAGCACCGACUUCCAAAAGGAGAUCGCCACCAUCGCCGACGAGGUCGAGAAGUUCACCAACAAGUUUGACAUCCCCGGCAACGACGAAUUC